CCAAAGGUUGAGCCCCCGUGUACGCUACUGCCCGACAUCGAUGAGCUCAAGAGCAACCCGCAAUGCCUUCAGCAUGAAAAGCUUCUGGUUCUUGGGCUUAUGUUGGAUCCCAAGAUGUCCUUUGAACACCAUUUGACUCUUAUCGAGGAAAAGGUUACGACAGCGUUGAGGUAUCAAUCUCGAAUAUCUGGGGCCAACUGGGGCAUAACGCUCGACAAAUCUAGGCAAUAUUACAUCUGCAAGAUUCGGCCUAUCAUUUCUUAUGCUUGCCCAGCUUGGUUUGUCAGCCUCACGGGCGGGGGGUUGCAAUGUUCACUACCAAAGCCCCAGAUAGCUCGACUCCGAAAGCUCCAAUACAAAUGCAUCAUGCUGCUGUCCGGUUCGAUACGAGGCACCUCACACGACGUCUUGGAGAAGGAGUGUCACCUGGACAGUAUUGAAGUCUUCCUCUACCGCAUGUCGAUAUCGAUUCGCGCCAAGGCUUUGAAGAUGCGCACUUAUGACUUCUGGUUUGAGUACGAAGCCCGGGCGUAUGAGGACGGGAGGCUCCACGACAAGUAUGGCCAAUACAACAAUAGCGCCUUCGAAAUCCUCGAUAGCAGGGCGCGCGGGUUAGUCAAGGCGGCCGGACUGCGAUUUCGCGCUACUUGGAAGGGUCCAUGCGAGACGACAGUUCUUCAGGCUUGGAGGAACCCGGUCAACCGCAACAAGGCUAUCGAACAACAAGCGAUUAUGCAAGCAGCUGAGGAGAGUGCCAAAGGAUGGAAAGCCUACCUCAAGAAGCGAUUGGACAAGCAAACCUCUACCUACCGCCCUCUCGCGCUUACGGAGGGAUGGGGCGCAGAAAGUUUGGCUUACUAUAAGGGCAUGACACGCCCUGAGUCUACACUCGGGAUGCAAUUGCGGACCGAGUGCAUUGGGCUCAAUGGGUACUUGAACAAAUGCAACGUGAUGAGGGAUGUCACGCUUCCUGGUUCCAACGAAGUCGUCAGAGUACGAGUUGAAGCCACCUGCACCUGCGGACACCCUAACCAGACGGUUUAUCACAUGUUCAUGCACUGCCCUGAUCUUCACGAUGCCAGGUUACUAUUGAUUCGGGAGGUCAAGCAUUUCCGAUGGGAGACGCUUCUGACGACUGACCUGAAAGUUGCUGUUCACUGGGCCAUGGUGUACUUCAGGCUUGAACAGUUCGCGUUGGCUCGACUGGACUCUAUGUUCUAUUUCAACGCCGGAGGUUCUUAACCUCCACACACGGGUUAUGGAAGACGGUGAGGUUGCCGGACCAGGUUCACCCAAAACUCAAUCCUUGCAUUACAUUUAGGCCUUCGUUGGAUUAUGCCUUCUUCAUCUAUUCCAAUUCACGUCUUUAGGGCUCCUCGUUAGGCCCUUUACCUGACUAUGAGACCCCUGUUUAUAUUGAUGGUGCACUGAUGUUACAGCUAUUUGCUCAUUUGGUCACGUGAUCUGUCUCGUGACUCAUUUGAUCCCCUCCAUUCUCCCUUGCUCGAUUAGCCUGGUCCAACU